GCCCAUUGUGCUGCUCCAUUCCCAUCUUCAUCUCCUUCUAACUGUGUAGAAGCAUUGAAAAGCCCGUCUUCAUCUGAUCCUGAACUCUUUUUUGCUCCGUACCAUCAUACGCAAAACAACUCCCCGCCUGUCUGAGCACUAGUACUAUCCAGCCAACCAUUUGAUAAAGCCACAAUGCCCAUCUACCACAUCGUCCUCUUCAAGCUCAAACAAGGCGUGACACCAGGCCAAGUGUCCGAGUUCGUCAGUGCGGCCAAGUCCAUGGUCGGCAAAGUUCCGGGCCUGCUCAAACUCGAGUCCAACACUCCUCAUCCGUCGACCGCCCAUCGCGGCCAGGGUUUCAAUAUGGGCCUUGUCGCCGUGCUGGAAAAGGCCGACGAUAUCAAGGUCUAUGCCGAGCACCCUGCUCAUAUGGAGUGCGUUGGCGUCUUCUUCCAUUCCCAUUCCCAUUCCCAUUCCCGUCCCUCAUCACCCCCAGGCCACUACUACUACCGACCCUUCCUUGUGAAUCAUUUCGUUUCCACGAGCUCGUACGAGUAGAAGUGGUUCUCACUACCCACACACUCGAAGCUGACCGACAUGAGGCUACCGAGGGCUAAUGCAUGACCUGUUUGCUAACAUCCACCUCCCACAGAGUCCAAGAUAUCAGACUAAAGAUCUGUGAUGAUACGCUAGCAUAUGACCUCGAGUACUCGGAUUAAUUUGAACUAUGAGGUUUAGAAAAAGGGGGGUUGGCGGAGCCGGAGACGGUCCCCAGAGAACUCCUUGUCCAAACGAGUUGGUUGCGGGAAAGGGAGGAAAAACUGAUGAUGCUACUUGAUAUCCAGGAUGGCCUGCGGACAGCUUCAUAUAGCCAGGGAAGAAGAAAGCAGACAUCUCCUACCGGGACCAGGUAGUGACAUGCACGAGUAUUGGGGGUUUCUGCCCGGUUUCUUACACUGACUGCGCGGUCUCAUGAGCCCAAUUUUUAUGUUGAUUUAUUUUGCUGGCAUUCUCAGCCGCGUAGUACAGCAACAGAAUCCAGCAGCUGCGGAU